AUGUCCUCGUAUGUCAAUUACGCAUCUCCAACUUUGAUCUCAUCACUCGUCCUUUUGCCCCAGCAACCUCUCAACUCUAUUGAAUCCACAAUGUGCAACGUUACGAUCGUUGACUUGCAUGCCGACGCGUACUUGGAGUGCUUUAGCUACGUCGAUAGCGAAGAUCUCUACGCGCUCGCUCUCACUUGCCAGAGAUUUCGACCUUACGCUACACGUCAGCUAUACGAAAGUGUUCUCAUAACGAAAGAGAAUGUAGGCCAAUUUCUGCGAACCGUUACUGAAUCAAAGGAUUGCAGGCCUUUGGUCAAAUCCUUGGCGCUGUUCAUCUUUGAGGAACCUCCGGAAGAAAUCAGACGCAAAUUGAACGCUCGCGAUCGCGCUCGGAUAAUUUCGCAACUCCAAUCUGAGCUGUCACCGGAAGAAUUGGCUUUCGAUUACUUCCAGUCCAUCAUUGAACUCGUCAAGUACGAUCGCGACUUUGUUGCGAUGGGCUCAUUGAUACUUCGGCUUCUUCCAAAUGUCAAAUGGGUCAAUCUUGGAGAUGAUGAGUACUCGUACACGAAGCGUUUGGAGUCUCCUUGGUGGGCCUUACCACUACGACACGGUCGUUACGAUCAUCUGUCCGAACUCGUUAUCAACAUGCAAACGGUGACCGACCUGAACCAUUUACAAUUCAUACCUCCAUCUGUAAAAACCCUUAGGCUAUGGAACUUUGUACGCAUCCCCAAGGGAAGAACUCGAUCGGCCUUGCUCGAAAUGGCCUUGAGGGCGCGUCUCAAGAAUAUUGAUAUCCUGGAGAUCAUGCCCGAAGUACCGGGUACUGAGGAUAAGCACUACAACACCAUAUCACUGAUAGAAGCUUGCGGGCCAUUAAAGAAGCUAUCCUUUGGUCUGUCCGCGGUCGACGUACUGAACCAUAUCCCUCCUAUCGAUACGAAGGAGCUGUGGCCGGUGAUAUUGGGAAAGCGCGAAAGUCUAGAAGAGAUCGCACUCUGGUACCUCUGGGUAAACGACUGGGAGGAUGGCUACACGAUACGCCCUCAACUCUUUUCCAAACUCAAAGCGCUUACGCUCCCGAAGCGAAUGCUUCCCCCACAUUGGUUUGAGUCCAACCUCGAAGAUUUCCUGCCCCCAACUAUCGAGACCUUCAUCGUACAUGGGCUUUGGCUCGAGGAAAGAGAUAGAAUGUGGUCACCACAUGGAAUUCUCCGUCGUUUUAUCGAGGCAAGACGCUCAAACCCCGAUACACUCCCCCGACUUCGCUACCUAGGAUUUGCUAUCUGUGAUUGGGAAUACGGUCUGCCCCAUGGGUUCCCGGGCAACACCAACGAAUUCUUCGGCCCCAACGUAUCUGAGCAGAUUGAGGACCUGUAUGGCGACCUGUUGGAGGUCGGUGUUGAGACAAGUCUCUGGAUCGGCACACGUCCCGACGCCAUUCCACACAUAUGGCCUCGCACCAGUCGGUGGUAUGUACCCCAGGAGAAGAGGUUGGAGAUUUCCGAGACAUGUCAAGCACAGCUCAGGAAAAUCGGGCGGCGUUGGGGCUCAGCGUUCGCGUCAGGUUUUGUUGAGGAAACCAAGAUUGACGCUGAUUGGGAGUCGUAUCGUGAUGAGUGUGGGUCAAGUUGGUGA